AUGGAUCACACACUCUUUGGCUGCCUGCGCAGCCCCCAUGCCACUGCGCAGAGCUUGCACCCUUUCUCCCAGUCUUCUCUUGCCCUGCAUGGAAGAUCUGACCACAUGUCCUACCCUGAUCUGUCUUCUUCUUCUUCCUCUUGCAUAAUAGCGGGAUACCCCAAUGAGGAGGGCAUGUUUGCCAGCCAACAUCAUAGGGGGCACCAUCACCAUCACCACCACCACCACCACCACCACCAGCAACAGCAGCACCAGGCUUUGCAGACGAACUGGCACAUUCCUCAGAUGUCGUCUCCUCCCGCCGCGGCCAGGCACAGCCUCUGCCUUCAGCCUGACUCAGGAGGACCCCCGGAGCUCGGCAGCAGCCCCCCUGUCCUGUGUUCGAACUCUUCCAGCCUGGGCACCAACACCCCCACGGGGGCAGCGUGUGCGCCAGGGGACUAUGGCAGGCAGGCUCUGUCCCCGGUGGAAACAGAGAAGAGGUCCGGCAAAAGGAAAAGCGACAGCUCAGAUUCCCAAGAAGGAAACUACAAGACUGAGGUCAACAGUAAACCCAGGAAGGAAAGGACAGCUUUCACCAAGGAACAAAUCAGAGAGCUAGAAGCAGAAUUUGCUCAUCAUAACUAUUUGACCAGGCUGAGACGAUAUGAGAUAGCAGUAAACCUUGACCUCACUGAAAGACAGGUAAAAGUUUGGUUCCAGAACAGACGGAUGAAGUGGAAGCGUGUAAAAGGGGGCCAGCAAGGGGCAGCAGCCCGGGAGAAGGAACUGGUGAAUGUGAAAAAGGGCACCCUGCUCCCCUCCGAGCUCUCCGGCAUCGGUGCUGCUGGGCUCCAGCACACGGGGGACUCACUAGCCAACGAUGACAGCCACGACAGCGACCACAGCUCUGAGCACGCACACUUAUGA